GUUGUCCAAGUGGAUUUUGUAUACAGCGUCGAGGCAGCACUUCUUGAGAGAGAGAGAGAGGUUGCGAUCAGCUCUCUGGACUCCACCAACAUGCGUAUACAAAGCUUGAUCUCCCUCUGUCUCAUUCUUCUGGCACCCGCCAUCCAUGCUGCCAUCCUGGCCAUCGAUUAUGGUGCCGAGUUCACAAAACUGUCCUUGGUGAAGCCAGGUGUGCCAUUCGAUGUCAUCUUGGACAGAGAUAGUAAGAGAAAGAUACAGAGCGUAGUAGGAUGGAAGAGGGAUGACAGAGUAUUUGGUCAGGAGGGCAAGAUGACCGCCACACGUUUCCCGGACGCUCACUUCCCGUACAUCAAGCCUCUGAUAGGCGCCAAUGCACUCACUUCCCUCCCCAUAUAUCCCUCCUCUCCGAAGCUCACAUCCGAUGGGGCGCUCAUCUUCCCACAUCCGAAUCACCCCUCCCACAUCUCACCAGCUCCUGAAUCUCAAGAUUCUGUCUGGACCCCUACUGCUCUACUGGCGCAUCAGAUAUCAUACUUUAGAGGAUUGGCCCAGGAGAUGUCAGCCUCCGAUACGGUCUCUCAAGCUGUCGUCACUGUUCCCGCAUGGUGGAAUCAUUAUCAGCGGAAAGCAUACAAGGAUGCGCUGGAGCUUCAGGGACUGACUUGCCUAGCUAUGAUUGGAGAAGGCACAGGUGUCGCUCUCAACUAUGCCAUGACAAGGACGUUUCCAGAUUUCGAUUUAUCGACAGGACAAGGCGAGAAGGAGUACCAUGUCAUUUACGACUCUGGCUCCCUGUCGACCACUGCAACCGUCGUGGCGUUCUACCAAACCUCAGAACUGCUCACUCCUAAAUCAAAGACACCAAUCGCCACCACCCACAUCGAUACCAUUGGUACUGGCUAUUCCCCCGUGGGUGGCCUCUUGCUGGACCUGACUCUGCAAGAACUCCUGGUCGAGGACUUCAUCAAGAAGGCGGGGUCCAAGGCGGACGGCAUCAAGGAGGACAAACGGGCCAUGGCCAAGAUCAUGAAGGAGGCUGUUAGGGUCAAACAUAUACUCAGUGCGAACCAGGAAAGUAACGUCAACGUCGAGUCAUUAUACAAUGACAUCGAUUUCCGGUCCAAAAUCUCUCGAGCCGAGCUUGAGUCCACACUGGCAGACAGUGCCGAUCUUUUCGCUUCUCCCGUUGCCGCUGCAUUAAGCUCAGCAGGCAUCAACAUGUCAUCCGUCAAUUCGGUCAUCCUCUUUGGAGGCAAUACUCGAGUCCCACUGGUCCAGAGUGCUCUCAAAGCCGCAUUGGACCCCUCAGAUCAAGACAAGAUCGCUCAAAACGUCAAUACCGAUGAGGCAGCUGUGCUCGGCGCAGCCUACUAUGCUGCGGCUCUGAGCAAAGUAUUCAAAAUGAAAAAGAUUGACGUCCAGGAGACGAGCUUCGAGGAGUACUUGAUGAACGGACAGGUAUUGUUCCCAAAGGGGUCGCGGUUGGGAGAGAAAAAAGCUCUGUCCCUAGACCCAAAGGGCAUUAUGGAGUUUGAUUUCUCUCAGGGAGCGAGACCCGUUCUGCAUCUCGAAAUUCUGGAGCUGGAGCAAGCGCUCGCAAAUUUCACGUCACCCGAGCCAGCGGUCAACCUCACAAUUCGUCUCGACUCACGAGGGUAUUUGGCCACCUCAAACGCCGUCCUCGUAUCGAACUUGACUGAGCCCGAAGUAUCUGGUGGAGUCGCGGGCGCACUUAAGGGUCUAUUUGGCAGCAAGAAAGACAAGGAUGAGACGGGCAAUGAAGACGAGAACGUUGAGGAGGGUGAAGACGCGGUGACUAAGGAAGCUGAGGAUGGCUCCACGCCAGAGCAGUCGGAGAAGAAGAGCAAAAAGGCAAAAUUGGAAAAGGUCGCCCUCAAAUUCCGAGAGAAACAGUUGGGAAUCAGGCCCAUGACGGGAGAGGAGAAGCGAGUCACGAUGGCAAGGCUCACUUCCAUUGCUGCGUACGAAAAAGCCAAAUUUGCUCGUGAGGAGGCACGAAACUUGCUUGAAGGGUAUCUCUACCGGCUGUCUGGCCUCCUCAGUCCUGAUGCCGAGAACCGGGCAUUGUGGGAAUACGGCACGCAAAAGGAGCGAGAGGGAUUACAGAAGCUCAUGGAGGAGACCUUUGAGUGGCUGGGAGAUCACGCCGAAAAGGCAGAGGAAAAAACUCUUGUGGAAAAGCGCAGUACUCUGACUAAGCUCGAACAACCGAUCAUCACCCGAUUCAAAGAGGCCCAGACACGUGGCAAGGCUAUCGAAGACUUUCAACAAGCCAUGUUUGCGGCUCGAGCCUUUUUCGUCGAGGCUCACAAGAACGUGACAGCGGCCAAGGAGGCGGCCGAGGCGGCGACACCUGAGAAUCCUGUGGCCCCGCCAAAAUACACUGACGAGGAGUUGAAGACUGUCGAGGAUAUGCUCAAGGACAAUGAAGUGUGGAUGGACACUAGAAUGCAGAAACAAGUCAAAAUUGAGACGGACAAGACGAAGGAUCCAGAGAUCUUGACAGAGGAUCUGGACAGCAGAGGAAAGAGACUGCAGUCGACAGUUCUACGUCUAGAGAAAAAGAAAGCACCUCGUGCGCCUAAGCCCGUCAAGAGUAGCAGUGCCAGCUCGUCCAAAGUCACUGGAGAGGAAGACGCUGAGAGUACGAUUUUGGCCUCUCCGACAGAGACCGCGUCGAGUGAAACUGCGAUUCCGACAAUAGAUACUCCAAUCCAUGAGGAGCUGUAGUAGUUUGCAUUGCAUGCUGUCAGAUUGCGCGGAUCCCCGGCCCGCCGAUG